GAGGUCCACGAAGCAACAUCCCGCUCAUAUAGAUCAUUAGGACGAUACCACUGUUCGAAGUCUAUUUUUUUACUCAACCAUCAUCAUAACAACGUGCUAAACAAUCUUUUCUAUCAGAUAGUUGAUCCCGAGAUCAAAUAAAUCAACAUCACUGUGAUAAAAUCUGUUGACAAAGGAUUAUUUUUCAAAACAAUGUUUAUUUGGCAGAGAUGGCCAAUUUAGUGUAUUCCGGGUGUUGUAUUUAUUGAGAGAGGAUUCUUAUAUUGAAAGUGAUCAUUUUUGAAAGAAAUAUUUCAAUGACUAAUGUUAUUGUUAAUUGCGACAAAGAAGAAGAAGAUUUUUUUUUAAAUGCAAUUUCUUGGAUAAAUUGAGUUUCAUCGAUCCGUUCAACUGAAGAAGCAGCGCCGGUCAAUCCUUACGCCCUGGUGUAGGAGGAGUCUCUGGUGGAUGCUGUGCUGCAUGGAUGUCGUCGAUUAUCGCAUGGGGUCAAUGUGCUUCCUUUUUAUCAAUCUUUAUUUUUGCUGUUAAUAUGCACCAGAAAGAGAUAACGGGAUCUUCAUCAUUUUUUCAUCAUUAUGAAAACCUAAUUUCUUCAUGAGGUGUUAAAUAAACAGGAUAUAAAAUCAUGUUGGAAUGCCUUGGCCUCUAUCUACAAACACUUUGGAUUUUUGUCGAUAUUGAUAAAUCUUAAUAGACAAUAAAUACCACCAUGUCAAUGACUGGAAGUUUGAUGGGCUAUGAAAACAACAAUGAAAUUAAUAAUCAAGUUAAGAACAAAAAAAUAUUAAAAACCAUGCAGACCAAUAUGGUAUCAUCACCACCAGUGAGUUCAAGUAGUGCCAACAGCACUACGAUGGUGAGCAAUACCAUUAAUAUAUCAAAGACACAGAAAAUUCCGUCUAAUAUUCAAAGUAACCGGAAACGAGAUUCAUGUAAUCGGGGGCAUGCUAAUGGACUUUGGUCUGUUUGGUAUGGUAUUUUAGUAGUAUCUCUACAAGCCUACAUUGCUACUAGAUGUGCUAAACGAUUUGUUGCGUAUUUAUCACUACCAUGGCCAGCGGAUUUUCAACCACCAAAAUUUGAACUCCAUGUUUGUAUAGUUUUAACUGGCACUGGAGUUUUAUUACUACCAAUUUUACUAGCUGCUGCCUUUCUAAAGCUUGGUAACUUAGCUAAUGAUGGAAUGAAGCUUGGUCGACAUACUAGUACAUGCACUAGAGAUCACAGUGCUUCAAUAAUUGGCAGUGAUUCAGAUGAUAAUGGUUUAGCAGCAAGUUUAUGGAAACAUGGCGGUCCUACAGCGGCUUUUGUUCAUCUUUGUACUGCAAUGUGUUUUUUGUUACCUUCAUUGCUCAUGGAAGCGAGACUGAUUUAUGCGGGAUUUUUACCAAAAGAUGCUAUUUGGCGUACGGAUCUUGAUUGGAUUGUUAUCCAUCAAGACAGACUGGUCUACCUUUCUUUUAUGAAUCCUGCAGGAGACUUGAAUAAUUUAUCCACUUAUGGAUCAACAGUUGGCAAUACUUUAAACUUAGAUGAUAUCGCAAGUCACUUGGAAAAUAAUCAAUGGAGUUCAACAUUAUCGAACAACAGUUCUGAAAGUGCUUUGACUUAUUCUUCAGGUUCACCUAUCAAUAAAAAUGAAUUGAAUCGUAGUAAUUAUCGCUCCUCUCAUCUCUUUAAAAAGCUCGAGCUUUUAGCAACAUCUACUCCACCUUCCAAUAUGAAAAGUAAUAAAAAUUCAAGCAAUAAUAGAGAGAAUAUGACUGCACACCAUUCGGCCCAAGAAGUAAAUACUUUGAUGGAUUUAAAUAAUCUGCAAGACUUUAAUUAUGAAAUCACUGAUGGCAAUUUACAUUUCUCUGAAAAGAAGUUUAUCACUUUGGAAUAUCUUAAUUAUGCGAUGGCUCUGGCUGUAUACUCAGUACGAUACCCAGCAGUAUUUUGGUCUUGUAAUAAAGUCAUUGGAACUAUUUUUAGCAUACAAUUGGUUAUUAAUUCCGCACAAAGUUUAAUAAGCUAUGCAGGAAUGUCGGUUCUUUAUAAGGUACAAGUUGUUGGACCGCAUAAAGUUUUAUCACCGAUGCGACAUCGUACAUUUCAACCAGCGUCUAAUUCAAGCCGAAUACAAAGAAUGGUCUCAAGCCUAUUUGGAGAUACGUCUCAUCUUCUUCUAAAUCCACAUGUAACAUUGGCACUUUUUGCUCUUUCUUCCCUUCUGGUUUUAUGCUCGAGCAUGGUUACGUAUCUUUACGCAUAUGGAAGAUUUGCUACAUUUUUGGAGCAAGAACAUGAACGUCGAGUAAUAAUAUCCAAAGAAGCUCAUCGAAAUGGUUCAGGAUGGGCAUAUUUUACACAUUGUGCAGCACUUUGUGUAUUUUUAGCUUUAACAAUAGUAAAUGCACCACUUCUGUAUGAUUACACGGUAAUUUACCGGAGUAGUCUUGAUGGAAUAAUGUUAGCUUGUAUUUUUGGUACUAUUAUUCAUCUGUUACUUUGGAUAGUAUUUUGGUUUUUCUUAUCUAUAAAAAAAAAUUGGAUAUUUAAAGUACGAGUAACAAUUGCACGUGCUACCGUUCGAUCAACACGAUCAGUUAAAUUGGUCACUGAUGUCGACCUUUUAGCAUGUAGAAUCAAAAAUCAAGCGGAAGAAGACGAUGAAGAUGAUCCAGAGAUUAUUGAUGGAAGUACUAAUGCUCCUUUAUUAAUUGUUGGGGAUGGAAAAACAUAUAGUAUUGCUGAAUCAUCACCAAAAAAAGCGAUUAUGAGUGUUAUUCAAAAAGCGAUGCUGGAAAGAAAAGCCAAAAAGAGCCAAACUGUUACUAAUCGAGCCAAUGGUGAACCUAGUAUUGACACAGAAGAACAAAUAUAUUGGUUAAGACCGAAAUUACGACCAUCUCCUGCUCAAUCACCGAGCGGAAAUGGAUCAACCACACUCGAUAAAAGUUGGUUGAACAAAAAAUUGAAACCCAAAGUGACAUUCAACGAUCUGCCUAGUACGUCUGGCUCUCGCAAUAAGGGAAAAAGACGAGGUGUUACCGAAGGUGGACCAGACGACGAUGGUGAUUAUGCCACACUACGUGAGUUACCACUAAUGACGAAUAUUGAUGCCGCUGAUGACUCUGCAUCGGAAGAAAAUAAGUUACUAGAAUGCGUUAAUGAUGACCAAGUAACCUAUUACGCCAGUGGAAAUCAUGAUCUCCAACCUUCUGAAGACGAUCCAUCACCAUUACUAACACCAGAACCCUUACCUGAUCCAAAAAUUGCAUCUGAAUUAACGCCAAAUUUACCAACAACUACCAUUGCAUCUCAUCAAGCCGAAUUUCCACCUCCAGUCACUGAAUCCGUUGUUAAUCAUUCAGCUUUACCACCGCAGACUAAUGGUAUUACUCCAAGAUGCUUGCGUCAAAUAGAUCCAGGAAUGUCUGAUCAAUUAACUCCUCGAUCAGAUUCAUCUAACUCACCAGCUAUAGAAACAAUAAAUGUUUAUACAAAUCAUACAGUUACGAAUUACUGUGAUGGAGCGACUGAUCGUAGUAAUACAAGUAGCAAUAGUGAAAGUUCCAGUGGUAUUCAUUCUAAUAUUAGUAAUAACAGUCAUAAUAGCACCAAUUCUCAUAGAAGAGCAACUAGUGUUGAUAAUUUAAGUGUUAAUUCAGCUGAUCCAGGCGAUGAAGACAAGUGGAAGAGUGGUUCACUUCAACGAGGAACUCAACCUCCGAAUUUUAAUAACAAAUUCAGUACAAUAGAUCGAAAGUUUACUCAAGCAGGAUGUCCAGCAGUUAUUCUAGAAAGUGCAAAUGAGGCAACGGUCGUUAUUAGAAGAAGGCUUUCACGACCGAAAAUUACAGAGCCUUUAAAUCCAAAUGAUCCAGAGCCUUUUUCUCGGUCGACUAACAUGAGAAUGACAUCUUUCACUGAGAAUACUGAUCUCCGAAAUGGAAUCCAUGCUUCCUCAGCAACUCUACCACACUAUCCAACACAACCAAUUGUUCCAACUUAUCCGCAUUGUUCAACGAUGCCUUUACCUCAUGGGGGACAUGUUAAUGGUAGUGCUAAUGUAUCCGGUUACACUGGUAUAAACGGAACUAGUUCCAGUGGAGGAAGUUGUGGAUCUGUACCUUAUUCAACUGCUGAACCUCAUUCUGCACGGAAUAAUAAUCUCACGAUUAUCCCUCCAGUUCACACAACCCUUCCUACCAAUGUUGCCCAUCAUAAUGGAAGGUUGGGACAGAUCAAUCAAACGUCCACUAAUCUCUACGUUAAACGCUUCCCUAAUCAUAUUCUGCCGAGUCAAAAUCCGUGGCCUCUACCAGGACAUCAUACAUUUCCACAGCCUAUUCAAAAUAAAUUUAUGGGAAAUUCAAAUAUCCCAUCUAAACAAAGUGAAAGAGACUCUGCUAAUUUUUCUAUGGCAAGUAGUGGAGAUUCAGACAUUUGUUUACAGCCCCAUUAAUAUUGCUUUUGAUUUGAUAAUAAUGAGUAAACUUGUAUUAAUAAUGAAUUUGAAAAUUACUUACAAUUUAUGAAGUAAUAAGGAAUUAUUUCUAAAUGAUUUAUUAUCUUAUUAUAUCAAUUAUUAGAUAUGAUAUCUAUUAGAUUAUUAAUAAUGUGUAUAAAGUUUUUUUACAAUUAUUAAUUAUUUCAAUAAUAAUGAUUAAAGGUUCAAAUUAAUCUCAUUAUAAUCAAGCAAUAUUUGAUUUAAACAAAUAGUAUUUUUUUGAUAGUCUCAUCACAAAAUACUAUUCAACUUCCAUUUACAAAAAUUACAUAUCGAAAAAAUAAUAUCCCAAAACAACAGCUCAUUAUACACACAAAAAAAAAAGAUACUUAAUUUCUGUGAAUUUUUUGAAAUGACUUUGGAUGAUACUCAUAAGAGAAAUAAAAAUAAAAACUACAAUUGUGUUAUGUAAAAAAGGGCUUAUCAAAGCUAACUUUAAAUAUAAUAAUUACGCACAUUGUACAGCAAAACUAGCACAACCAACAUAAGAAGUUAAGGUAUAUUUUUUCAUGACCUUUUUGCAAUAAAAACAGAAAAUUUUUUAGCAAUGAAUAGUUUCAUAAAAUUUUGCUUGUUACAAAUAGAACAUAUCCUUAAAUUUAUGACCACUAUCAAAUAUAAAUCAGAUAAUUUCAUCGAAUUUAUAUAUGAAUUUAUCAAUUUUUCUGUGUAAAAAUAUCCAAUGGGAAGCUUAUUCUAACAAAUAAAUUUUUUUUUACACAGUAGAAUAAUGAAUUAAUAGGAAAAAAUAAUAAUGACAAUGAUAAUAAUAAUAUUAAUAAUAGUGACUAGUAAAUAAUAAUUAUGAUAGUAAUAAUUAAAGUUACUUUGAGUCAGCAUAGAAACAGAUAAGUAUUUUUUGCAAAAACCCGCUCACCUGCAGUUUAAAGAAUAAAACUUUGUAAGAAGGUUGAAAAAGAAAUUGUAUCAGUAGUAACAUUUUUUAUUUUAGAAUUAACUUA